UGUCCUUUGUCUUCACCUUCAUCAUCAUCUCUCCACCCUGAUCAAAGCCCUUCGAGCUCUAUCCCCAGUACAGAGAUACGGUCCGCUCGCACCUGCAGCUACCUGGCUACUCGAUUCAUCGAUACUUGGGCUUCGCGAUGCAGACGCGAUUCAUGGCCUCACGGAGACCGAUUGGCAUCAAGACGCGCUCGACCAAGCCGCGUCGGGCGCCCCUUGCCACCAAGAGCAGGUCUCGGGCGCGCCCCCCGCGCAAGACCACGUCUACUGUAACUCAUGAACAAGAAGAACCGGAUGAGACGGAGACGGAGGCUGAAGAACCACCCCUUCCUCCGUCUAAGAGGCGGAAGAUCGCUGGUGCCACUCCUCCCAAGGCACGGCCUGCAGUCGAUGCAGAAGGGACUUCUGCGCCUGCGGCCUCGUCAACCGGCCCUCGGAGAUCAUCGCGACAAUCUGGCACACAGGACACUGCCCAGGUUGACGCAGACAGCGACGAUCUCCCUGCCGAACCCGUCAAAGAGCAAUCGAAACGCAUCACGCGCCGCGUCGUUACUGCCCUUCCCGACCCAGAUGACGGUCGUGCCGUACAACAAGAUAAGGAUGUACAGAAGACUCUGAAGCGGGACAGGCAGGCGUUCGAGAGGGAGGCAAGUAGGCGCGAGAAGGCCGUGCAGAAGAGGGAACAGGGAGUCGAACGCUCGGCUGCACAGUACCAGGAGAAGAUCGCUGCUCUCGAGCAAAGGGAACGGGCUUGUGACAAACGUGAAGCUCAAUGUCAAACUCGGGAGAAUCAACUCAACAAGCGGACCGCGGAACUGCAGAAGAGGGAGCAAGAGGUUGCCGACAGAGCUCUCGUCAUAAAGAUGGGUCGGACUGAGGAGGUCCUGGCCGAGCUCGAGGCGAAGUGGCAAUGCGCGUUAUGUUGCGAUGUUAUGGCUUGUCCGUAUAGCUUGAAUCUCACGAGCUGUGGCCACUCUUACUGCGCGCAAUGCCUCCUCAAGUGGUUCUUCACGAAUCUCUGCAAUGCUUGCGGAGGUUGGUGCCAGCCGUUGGAUUGUCCGUUGUGUCGAGCCACCUUGCCCACGGUCCCCAUUCCCGUACCACGUGACAUGACCAGCUUACCUUUUACACCGGCUCGAGCGGCGAGCGACAGAAUCAUCGAACUCAUCGAUAGCUUGCGUGGUCCUCUGCAGUCGAGCCCAUCCAAGGCUGGCAGCAGUAAAGGUAAAGGCAAGGGCAAGAAGAAGCAAACGAACUCCGAAGCAGGUCCAUCAACCGGCUGGGAGAACGGUGGCACACUUCUAGCUGAGUGGCAAAUCCGCGACAGUCGAGGGCGCACCGAGAUGCGCAACCUGAUUGCUCGCUGGCCGCAAUUAACGCCCGACCCACUCAGAGACAUGAGGGCCCGUAUUUGCUCCUUCACUUAAUCUGGUCUGGCAUUGGUGUAGAGCGGCUUCCUUAUAUCUUUCGCAUUCUUUUUGUGGUUUUGAUCCAGCAUGCAUGUCUUCUCUCACUUCCCGGAAGGUCGGACCACAUAGUUGAACGUUCAGCUACGAGUCGACGGUGGGAUGUAUACCUAAAGAUUAGAUUACAGCGGU